AUGGGUUUAUGGACAUUCGGUGCCCUCUUGAUUGUCACCGUGAACACUAUAGUGUGGCACGGGAGUAUAGAGAAUCGAUAUCCCAUUUGGGGUGAUAUUGCCACAGCCUGGCUUGCCGUCUACUCCUUCGCCGUCUCUUGUUGCGCCUUCUGCAUUCAGUACCGCCUAUGGAGCAUUGCACGAACGAGGCGAGUGUUUUUCACGCAUAAAGAGAAGAAGAGGCAGAACUACGUCACGUAUUUCAUCUGUUAUGGCGCACCCCUCAUUUUCAAAGUCGUCCACUACGUCAACCAAGGACAUCGGUACGACUUAUAUGAAGAUUUGGGCCCACACCAAACCAAUUAUAAUACACCUGUCGCACUGGCCACAUACUUUGUGUUUGAUCAAAUCGUCUGCAUCAUCGCCACAAUUUUCUCUUUUAUGACAGUGAUAUGCAUUCUCAAGCAUCGAAAAGAGUUCAACGCGGUCAUUUCCAGCAGCGUCAAGAUCAACAGGAGCCGCUAUUUUCAACUGCUCUCCCUGGCUGCCGUAACUGUUAGCAUCCAUCUUCCCUUUACGCUAUGGAUGUAUGUCAAUGACAUCGUGGGAUAUCCUAUUCACCCAUGGAUAAGCUGGGAGGAUACCCAUUCUAAUUGGAUGCGUAUCGCGUACAUUACGCGCUUCAUGCUCAGCAUAUCACCAGGGGAGAAGGUAGCUCUUUCCAUCAGCUACUGGACGCUACCACUGUGUGGCAUUCUCUACUUUCUCCUCUUUGGCUUUGGCGAAGAAGCGAUGAUGCAGUACAAUGCCGUCUUCGAUGCCAUUCGUAGACCAUUUGGCGCUCUAUUCCGAAAGGUUCAUCUUCAGCACGUCAAUCUUCGUCGAACCUGGCUAGACGUGCUCCUCAGCCGCCCAGGCACAUCAAUCGACCCAACUGCGGUCCCCAUGACAAAGGUGAACAUUGUCUCAGAUCCAACUCAGCCGCGACUCCUUACCGGAGAAAAGGAAACCUCAAACGGCACUGCGACGUCGUCACGCCCAAAUCACAAGCAGAGGUAUCGCCAACAUGCCACCCAAACCUAUGGCGGGAGCGCCUCUGAUAUCAUAAACGACACCGGUGGAUACAUCCAAUAUCGACUUCCCGAAUCCGAGCGAGGCCAGGAAGCAGGCUCGUCUGGCUGCAUACCUACGAUCUGCUUUGGUUCCAGCAUCAGCUCAUUCCCGGGAACCGAACAACAGGCAACCUCAUCGCCAAAGUCACUCCUACGGCCAAGCGAAGAGGAGAAAAAAGUCGAAAAGGAUAUCCCGUCGGACGUUGAGACCAGCUCCUCAUCCUCCCGCUGUUCAUGCACCUCGUGCAACGCAGAGUUGGUCGAAGAGGAUAGCGAGGACAUCACAGAAACGCAAAGAUACUCAAUUGAAGGGAAGAGAGCUGAAAAGGCUUCUAUCACGGGAAGAGGGGUAGACGGCAAGCCGGUCGCGAACUUAGUGGCCGAGGAGCGGGACCUUGAAGUAGGUGUGGCUGAGCCCUCGCAAGAGCCAUCACCCGGAGAGCUUCACAGAUUAGAGCAUCUGCGACAUUGGCCAGAUGCCACCGAAGAAAUCACGUUCUGA